AUGGCAGACCCCAGGGUUUUUGAUGUUGUUGUCAUUGGUGGUGGUCCAGUUGGACUGGCCGCCGGAUACGAGGUGGCUAAGGCAGGCAAAGAUGUGAUAAUUCUUGAACAGAAUAACUUCUUCAACCAAGCCGGUAGCUCUGGAGACUUGGCUCGCAUGUUCCGUACCAUGUACACCGAAGAAUUCAUGGCCGAGCUUGCUACCCACGCCAUGAAGCAUUGGGAUGCCCUUGAGAAAGAUGCUGGGGUGUCACUUCGAUGGAUGGGUGGACUUCUCAACUUUGGCGAUAAAGACAUGGGCAGUGAUACACCUGAGGGAACCUUGUUGGGGCCCGAGGACAACUUAAAGAAGUUUAAUAUGUCCUAUAAGAAGUUGACUGCGGCAGAGAUCGAGGAGCAGUAUCCUUUCAAGCAACUGAAACCCGAAUGGGAGGGGCUCUUUGCUCCCGACAAUGGCGUAAUUAAUGUGCAACUGCUUCUACGCACUCUGUACGGCCUGGCAAAGGACUAUGGUGCCAAAGCCAAACAACACACCCAUGUCAAGCAGGUUUGUCCUCUAGACAAGGACAAGUCUAUCUGGGAGGUUCAUGCCACUGUUCACGACACCCCCAUCACGUACCUAACCAAGAAGAUUAUCAUCACAAGCGGCAGCUAUGUCAACCACGUACUCAAGCCAAGCUUUGGUAUCUCCUUGAGGCUUGAGAUAUGGGAAAUGGUAGCAACCUACUUUAACACUAACGCAGGACCAAACGGUACCAUCUUUCCUAGUAUGUGGUUUCAGUUCGCACCUUCAGUAGAUAAAAGAUCUCGCCUCUUCUAUGGCUUCCCGACUCUCCCUUGGGGGCCACCUAAUGUUGUCCGAAUCUCCGUUGAUGCCGCCACUCGUAUCAUCACCGAUCCAAGCCAGCGCCAAGCUAGUGUGUUUGACCCUCAAGACAUUAAAGACACUCAAGACUUUGUGAGAGACCACGUCGUUGGUGUCGAUGCUACUGUUCCUGCCUCCACUGUCAGCUGUCUCCAGACAAACGUCUUUGAUAAUAUGUUUGUGUUGGACUUUCUGCCCGAAAAGUACCUCCAGGGAGGUCCCGAGAAGAGCAUCGCCAUAUUCACUGCUGGCUGGGCGAUGAAGUUUGUGCCGACACUGGGCAAAGCGCUUUCUGAGAUGGUGUUGCAGGGUAAUUCGGAGUUCAAGAAGGAUGAGUUCUCCAUUACCCGCACUAAUAAAGACGGUCCCAGUAUCAUUGACGAAGAGGGAAAGUCUGUUGCUGCGUCGAAUGGAACUGCUGCAGCGAGAUCAUUCUCCCACACUGAGUCCAAGCAGGCUCAAGGUUCUUCGCGCACGAUGAGGGAAAAAGCGAGUAUUUAG